GUCAAAACAUGGACAUUCAUAUCUUUAUUUCUGUAAGUGAUUUCGCACGAAAAAUCUAAAUCGGCGACACGGUAAUAGGAGUAGAUUAUUUUUACUCAAAUAAAAUCAAUUUAUUUUAUGUGUGCGACGAAGAGAAUCUUAAAAGUCCAUUUAAACCGGAUGGUUUUUUUGUUGCGACGCUGUGGUGAAAAUUAAUUGUGUUGAGUGUUUACUGGGCUUAAAACUCCGAUUGUGAGAAAAAAGAUGACACUGCUGUAAUAGGACCCAGGAUUUUUUUUAAGUUCAAACUUGAGUAAACAUGGCGUUGAAACAAGAGAGUGCUCCCACGCUUACGCCUCAACGAUUACCGGUCUCUUAUAAAGAUAACGCUGUACCUCCUCUCGCAAGUGAAGACUUCGACGAUGUUGACGUGUUUGAAGAUGCCGCUGAGGAGCAAUCAAAAUGUGAUAUGGAUCUACAGUUGGCGUUUGAAGAUUCUGAAAUAGCCAUUAGGAAAUUCUUCAAUAACGAUUUAGUCGGGGCCAUGGAUAUCAUGACACCCUGGUGCCGGACUUCCUUGUAUCACAGUCUGGGAGCGGCUAUAUUUGAGUUCAUCCCAGCCAUGCUGACAGUCGACCACGGUCAGAUAAGCCGCGCGCUCGCAGCACUCAAAAUCUGCAUUACCCUAUGCAACCAACAUAGACGAAAUUAUACACUUGUAGAAAGCAUUGGCACGAUUAUUAAGAAGCCAAAUUACAGUACGUACACUGAUAUGGAGGCUCAUGCGGAACUGUGCUACGCUGAGGCGUUGCUGCUGCAGGCUGCCAUGACCAUCAUGGAAGGCGAGGACUUGACUGGUCUCAUCAAGGGAACCAUCAAAGUCAAGAACUGCUACAACAGUUACAAGGAUUGUGCGAAGAUUCUGGAGAAGAAGAGAUGGGACAGCAACGAGUCAAAAUUCCACUUCCAGAGUGGCGUAAGACUCGGCACGGCUACUUUCAAUCUCAUGAUAUCACUUUUACCCCCGAAAAUUAUUAGUUUGCUGGAGUUUGUGGGAUUCUCAGGGAAUAAGGCUUUAGGGCUAGCGGAACUGGAGGCUGGAUCGAACGCGCCCGGAAUGCGAUCAUUGCUGUGCGAUCUAACGUUGCUCGGCUACCAUCUAGUCAUCUGUCAUUUCAUAGGCUCGCCCGGCGACCUGAUCAUCUGCGAGAAGAUACUCAAAAAGCAACUGCAGAUUUACCCGGACAGCGUGUGGUUCCUAGUAUUCAAGGGGCGCCUGGAACUGCUCCGGGGCCAAUUCGAGCCCUCCAUACAGACCUACGACUGCGUCGUACAGAAUCAGCAGACGUGGAAGCAAUUCCGCCAUGUCUGCUACUGGGAGAUCAUGUGGGUCAACGGUUUGAUGAUGGAAUGGCACGAGGCCGCAUUGUACGCGGACAUACUGAUCGAGCAGAGCUCUUGGUCGCGCACGAUGUAUUAUUAUAUUAAAGCGGCAAUGUUGCUUCAACUCGGUGAUAACCUGACAGCGGCGAAGAGGCAACAUUGCACCAAACUACUGAGGAAUGCAGCGUUACACAAGCAACGCAUCGCCGGCAAAUCUCUGCCAAUGGAGAAGUUUAUGAUCCGCCGCAGCGCGAGGUACCUAGCGCAAGGUGGCCAGUUACUACUGCCGGCCAUAGAACUGCUGUGUCUGUGGAACAUGCUGCAUAUUCUCGCAAAGAAUGAGCGCAACGCUCAGAAUGUACUUAAGUUAAUUGAAAGCACUCGCGAUCGGCUAGAGAGCGGCCCCCAGGAGUGGAUGGCUGGUUACGACGCGGACAACCGCGCCCUGCUCCGGUACUUGCACGGCUGCUGCCUGUCCGCCAUUGGGCUGCCCCGACUUGCGCUGGAGACCCUCGCCUCUGUGUUCUUACUGAAGAACGACAUAAAGGAGGAUACGUUCCUUCUACCGUACUCGGUCACUGAGAUGGCGAUGUGCCAUUACCAACUCGGCGACAAAGACCGCGCUAUACAAUUACUGCACGAUGCAAGGAAGAAGUAUUCGGGAUAUUCCCUAGAAUCUCGUUUGCACUUCCGCCUACAUUCCAAGAUGCAAACUAUUAAGUCGGGCAUCAAUCACGCAGAAGCGGCGAAGACGGGCAUGUAAGUCCCUUACCAUCUGUUGCUCAAGCCAAAUCGGGAGUAAACCAAACGUUCUAACCAUAUAGCCGUCCAAUGAAUGGAAAUACCUAUCUUCAUUGACAAACGAAAAAAGUUAUAUUUUUAAUAUGUUAACUCUUAAGAACAAUUUGGUGUGCAUUUGAUAAGUUUUCCCACAGACGGCAUCACAAUAUGAGUCGAAUAUUUGGCGCCAUACCAUGAACGAUUAUCAUCAAAUGUAACUGGAAAACAUCUUAACGAGUAAGUUUCAACGGGUUAGAUGCACUGAUUUUAUUAAUUGACGUUUCGCACCCUUUGCAGGAAUGCGUCGUCAGAAUAAUGAUUUUUUAUUUACAAUUAACAAUUAUUUAUUUACGAACUUUAAAGUAUUUCGAAGGCAGCUCGACAAAGUAAAUAAAAAUCAUUAUUCUGACGACGCAUUCCUGCAAAGGGUGCAAAAAAUCAAUAAAUAAAUAAAAUCAGUGCAUCUAAUGAUAUUUUAAUGAGUGAUGUGCGUGAAAACCUAAGAAACUUUGUUUUCCAUAAAAUACAUCAUGUUUCAUUAUUGGUUAAUCACGUCUGUUAACUCGAGCCGUUAACUAUUGGCUAUCAUCAGAUUUUGUUUCUGCCGUAAAUAUGACCUAAUAUGAUUAAAGUGUGUCCUAAUUUCUUUUUUAUAAAGAAAAGUAUUACUAAUUGGUGAUUUUAUGAGUUUAUGGAGAGCUAAAAACUAAUAUUCAUGAUUAAAGAAGAAGCAAUCGCAACUGCUCAAGCGGUUCUACGUACGUGUGUACGUAGAAGACGAUGUGUGUAAGUAGGAUGGACUGCUGCGUCCAUGUAUGGCCACUCUAACACUGGAUUCAUCAGCUACAAUAUAACACUUUAAAUACGUGAAGUUUGUAAUGGCAUUUGGCUCAUGGAGUAUGCAUAAUAAAAAAAUUCACGGAGAAUGCCUUUAGUACACAGGCGCGACGGAACACGGUAGCGAAACACGUAUAAAUUUCCCUAUUUCAAUAUAUUUUUUUCAAUUAACUUGCACUUACGCUACCGUAUUUGUUUGUAUGACACUUGCUAGAUACUACGGAUUGAUUGGCCAAAGUUGCACCUCCCGGUGAAUUCAUCAGUUCAUCAUCAUAAAGGCUUAUAAUAAAAUUAAUAUGCCUCAUAAAUAUAAUUUGGGAUAACUUCUAAUUUCAUUUAUACUUUUCUCGGUUUCUGUCAAAAAGACAAACCAAAUAGUUUCUCUGGAACUCGCAUAACUGAAAUGGCCGCGGCGUCCUUAUGGAACGAGUUUCGCGAGUAGUACUAUACUGUAUAUAUAUUCAUAGUCUAGGAUAGAUAACUGCACUGUUGCUAUCGCGUUUCGCCGCGUCGGUGAGCUAAAGUAGGAAAGAGUUGAGAAAGCUAAUAUUUUUGUAUAAUAAUGGAUAGAUUAUAAAAAAAAUAUAUAGGUAAAAUAAUAAAUACGCAUACUCUUUAACAAAGUAACUUAUCAUGUCUAAUUGCGGUCAACGGACGACCGCUAAAUAAAUCUCCCAUUAAUUUAUGAGUCAGGACCGUAUUUAAAAUAUACACGUAUUCUUCUUGUAAUACAAGAUUUUAUGGAUGGCGCUCAUCCAACUUUUUACAACGUUUUCAAAAGUCCAACUCUACGAAUAGACCUUAUGACUUUGGAAGGUGACUUCAGAAGUAUCUCUGAAGAGCUUGCUGAGUUUCUUGCCGGUUCGUCUCAGUACAAGGUCUCCCGCCGUAGACAGACAGACAUGCCGAUUUGAGUCGCUACAUCCGGUCCGGCAAGCAGUGUUGCUAGGUUUUAAUUUCGUUUUACCCUUUAAAGAAGUAAGAUAUAUUUUAAGUUUUUUUUUAAUCUAGUGUAAAACUAAAUAAAACCUAUCAAAACUUUUUUUUCGUAGUUGACACUUAAUUUAUGUUAUAAUUUAAUAUUGAUGAAUACACAAAAGUUUAGCGUUAUAAAAGUGCUAGUAGUCUUUCAUUUAUCGGCGAUCAAAAAAGCGAUCCCUUAUAUAGUACAAUAAACAUUAUCACAUUCGAUCAUGUAUAAAAUCCAAAGAAGAUGAUGUUAAAUAAUCUGCAUUUGUUAUCGUACAAUUUGUCAUAGUCUAAAACAUAAUAUUAAGUAUUUAUGUAAAAUGAAAACAAAUAUAAGUAUGUAUAUGUCGUUGUUAUUUUUUUAUUAAGUACAAAGUUUAAAAGAAAAAAAGAAUAGAUGUUAAAAAAUAAACCUUUAACGUAGAAAUUACUGCAGUAAUUGAAUUGACCAACCGCCAUUUUAAUUGGAAGCAAGUAGGUGGGGAAGUCUGUGCGAAGUGGACUCCGAUGAUGAUGGGCUAAUUGAAUAUAAUACGGGAACAUACCCAUACUACGUGACCCUAUUUUAUUUUUUUAUGGUUUUAAAUAUAUUAUUGUAUGAUCUAAAUAUAAAUCGUGGUGAAACAUUUAGUAAAGUAUUUUUCAAGGUAUAAAAUUGUUAGGUGUCCAUAUAACGCUCAUGCAGCCGCUGUCAAUUCCAUCAGUCAUGACAUAAAUGAUAAAAAUGGAUGGCGUCUAAAAAGUCACUGCCACUAGUCACUAAAGAGUCAAUAUUGACUGCAAGCAAACGAUUUGUGCAAUCGAAUUUCAUAUAUUUACACACUAGACAGUAAAAAAGAUAUUUAUAUACUGACUGUCCUGGACUUUAAACUUUUCACGAACUUUAAGUUUUUAGAACGCCCCAUGAUUUCAGGACAUUUUAUAGAGGAUUCACAUCGUGGAUGUAGAUAAUGUUUUGCAUACAAAAUAUAUCUACAUAUACAUCUCCCUAUUUCGUCAAGGAAGGCCUGUGCCCCAGCAGUGGGGACAUUAAUAGGC